AGCAGCGCUGGCCGCAGUUAAUCAUUAGCCGAGGGCGGCCCGAGCUCAGCCGAGCACGGCCCCGCCCCGGAGCGGGCCCCUAGCGCCCGGCCGCGCCUUCCCCGCGCCGCCACCUGCUGCCCGUGCACGCAGACAUGGCUGGCAAAGCACACAGGCUGAGUGCUGAAGAGAGGGAUCAGCUGUUGCCCAACCUGAGGGCUGUGGGGUGGAAUGAGCUAGAAGGCCGAGAUGCCAUCUUCAAGCAGUUCCACUUCAAAGAUUUCAACAGGGCUUUUGGCUUCAUGACCAGAGUGGCUCUGCAGGCUGAAAAGCUGGACCACCAUCCUGAAUGGUUUAAUGUAUACAACAAGGUGCACAUCACCCUGAGCACCCAUGAAUGUGCGGGCCUUUCAGAACGGGAUAUAAACCUGGCCAGCUUCAUCGAACAAGUAGCAGUGUCCAUGACAUAGGCCCGGCCCUUCUUUGCAUUCCUAGGGGAGGGGGUGGCAGAACUGCAGGCAGGGAGGGAGCUGAGCCCUCCCCCGACCCUGCAGUCAGAACUGCCUUGUUGACCCUAUUGCCUCCAUUUAAGGGUGAGUCCUUGCUGUAAAUACCAGCAUCACCGCCAACGCCAGCAACUGAGCCCUUCUCCCUCAGCCACUUUCUUCAUCCUUGGGGCUUUGUUAUUUCUACUGUUUUGAAUAAGCUUUGCCUUUCUUUGGAACUUACUGGCAUUCUGAAUGGUGUUCUUUCCUGGCGGGGUCUUGCUAAUUCAAUUCCCAAGCAGCUGUGAAGGGUGAAAUAAAGUCCUGUCUUAGAACCCAGGACCCUAACGCAAAUCCCACCCCAUGUCUCAGAAACCUGUGCUUUUAUGUCACCAAUAAAACUACUGUAUCACAGGUC